AUGACUGAGGUAGUCAAGAAAGAAGUGUUAGAGCUCCUCGAUGCUGGUAUCAUCUAUCCUAUCUCCGAUAGUAGGUGGGUGAGCCCGGUUCAAGUAAUUCCCAAGAAAGCUGAAGUAACAGUGGAAGAGACUCGAGAAGGAGAAAAUCUCCCUGACUUCUCCAAGAUCGGAGCACCAUUGUUUCACCUCAUGCGGAAGGAUGUAGUAUAUGAGUUCAAUGAUAAUUGCAAAAAGACAUUUGAAGCACUGAAGGAGCGUCUCACAACCCCACCAAUUAUUCGACCUCCGAAUUGGGAUUUUCCCUUCGAGCUGAUGUAUGAUGCAAGCGAUACUGCAGUGGGAGCCGUUCUAGGGCAACGAGUUGGGAAAGCUUCUCAUGUCAUCUACUAUAAAGGAACUGAAAAUUUGGUAGCUGAUCACUUGAGUCGCAUACCCGUGGAGUCGGAUGCAAUACCUGUUCGAGAGUCUUUUCCUGACGAACAACUUCUCUCUAUUGCAACUACAUGCCCUUGGUAUGCUGAUAUUGUUAAUUACUUAGUUACUAACGAGUUCCCUACCUUUGGAAGUGAUGCAAAAUACUACAUUUGGGAUGACCCUACCUUUGGAAGCGAUGCCCUGAUCAAAUCAUUCGAAAGUGCGUUAAUGAAGGAUGUGGAUCAAUCCGCCUCGCUAACCCGUUUUGACAGGUCUACUUUUGUAAUAAAACCAUGGCUGCUUUUUUCGGAAAUAUGGCGUACUUCACAAGGUGCAACUUCAUAUCAUCCUCAAACGAAUGGAAAAGCAGAAAUCUCCAAUCGUGAAGUCAAGUUUAUCUUGGAGAAAACAGUUCAACUGAACAGAAAAUAUUGGAGCUCGAGACUCGAUGAUGCUCUGUGGGCAUACCAAACAACAUACAAGACACCAAUAAGGAAGUCACCAUUUCGAUUGGUGUAUGGAAAUCCUUGCCAUUUACCUGUGGAAAUUAAACACAAGGAAUUUUGGGAAGUGAAAAAGUGCAAUAUUCAUCUUUAA